AACCAGCAGGGGGCGACGUCCCCUUACUCUGGAGCGUCGCCUUGUCCAAGGUGCUGAAAGCACCACAGAACUGCAGUUUAUUUCGGACUCUUGGUACAGCUCAUUAUCACACUGGCUUGGGUUUCCGCUUCCCUUUAAUAAGCUGUGCAAUAUGAAACGACAUUUCAUUUUUAGAUUACACGAUUUUAGCAAUGGAGGACACUACAGUAUUUCAUUACAGCCCAGAACAUACAAUAUAACAUAUAUCAUUCAUUUAGAUAAGAUGCAAGAUUUAGUUGAAAGAGGGUUCCUGAAAUAAGAAAUCGCUGAGGCGGCUAUUGUGGAGGACAUGAGGAAAGUGUUGUAUUCCUGCUGGAGUCUCUCUCCAGAAAACAAUAAGACUGCCUGGGAAUCCAAGAGAUUGCAGUCUGAUCUUUGCGACGCUGCUAGCUGCCUGACGAGUUAUAUAUAGUGGUGUAAAACCCAUGCGUCUCCUCCCUAAUAAUUAUACAGACGCAGCAUGCAACUGCAGAAGACAGGAUAGAAAGGGGCGGUCUGUGCGCUUCCAAUCCCCGUCAGUUUUGCUUUGUGCCGUGUGGUGUUUUCCGGUCACGGUGCCAUUUGUUUAUCAGACGCCUCUGCUCGUCUUUAUUUUCCUUAGUGAAGAAGUGAACGCCACAGUCGGGGUGCUUGUUUCCGGACCGCGAGUGUUGUAUGACGGCUCAUCACACAGAUAUAUAAAGCCGAUUUCUAUUCAAGUGCAGAUUAUAUUCGAUUACGCGCGGUGCGUGUGGUUUAAAUGCGAUAUGAAGGAUUCAACAGCAAAAUAAACGUAAUUAUAACCUCCACAGGGUGAAGUCCGCUGCUGCGCAGGAUGCGCGUCAACAUGCUCUCCCUUCAGAAGCAAUAUCGAUUCCAAAGGAUUAUUGUAGAGGCGUUUCUAAAUGAUUGUAUUUAAAACUCGUUUUUUUUUUUUUUUUUUUUUUUAAAUAACCCAUGCAAUGCAAGCCGUUUCUCAACGCUCUGUUACGGGAUGCUUGGUGUCUAGGAGGGGCUUGGAAAACUUCGCUUUUGGCUGAGGGAUUUGUUUGUGAAGAAAAGCACCCUGUCGAUUUAAAUCUGCAUUGAAGCUGAGGUUCUCGUUUUCUUUCAGGCCGGGUCCCGGAGCGCGGUCUCCUGGUUGCCAUGGAGAUGGCCUCUCUGGAGCGGCAGGUGGAGAGUGUGGAGCGGAACAUCAGCUUCCUCUUCCCUCAACCUGCGCAGCAGUUGGCUCUGCUGCACGGGCUGCACCUGGAGAUCCUAACCCUGCAGAAACAGUGCUCUGAGCUGACUUGUGAACUUGAUAAGAAGCCUCCUGACAGAAGCCAAGCAGAGGCAGAAGAGCAGUUGCGGGAGGAGCUGGCUGAGCGAUGCCGGCGGGCCGAGGCCCGCCUCAGGGACCAGGAGCGCGGCAAUGAAGAUCUGCGCAAGGAACUGAGCCACAAGGGGGCGCUGGUGGAGGCGCUGCGGAGCAGCCUGAAGGAGAAAGAGCGCCGCUUCCUGGAGGAACUGAAGCGUCGCAGCCACAGGGUCACCGUGCUCAACACCGAGCUGCAGAAACAGUCCGAGUCGGCCGCCUACCUCUCCUUCCAGCUGCACGUCGCACGGCAGAAACUGCACAGGCAGCCCCCCCCCACCACCACCACCCUCCCCCCGCCAAACCUCAAACCCAAGAGACGCAGCCACAAGCAGUCAGCACACGCCCUGGCGGCUAGCGAGCGCCGUUCAGAGCGAGUCCGGGACUGUGUGCCCAGGGAGAAAGUAACCGGCCCGGAAGAGCCCUGCGCCAUGCCCGACCCCGCCCUGUUUCUCUACCCCCGUAGGCACCAGCACCGGCAGCACAGCCACAGCAGCCAGGCUGCAACGCCCCCCGCCGGGCACAGGAGAGCCAAGGCACAUCGCGAUGGAACCAGGGCAGGAGAGGGAGCAGAGGCAGGGGAGACAGUCUCUAGAGGCCAGGGGGAGGUGGAGGUAACAGCCAGUGAGAUGCUGCUCCCUGCAGGAGAAGAGGAAGAUGAAGCCGAGCAAUAGACUGUACCCCAUAACCCCCCCCCCCUUACUAGAUAAGUAACCACACUGUAGCCACCGUAACCUAGGGGUGUGCAGACAGCUGAUCCUUAAAAGUGUUCCUGAGAUUUGAACAUGUGUUUUCUCUUUAUCACCAUGGAGCUGAAGUUUCUAAUAAUGCAUUUUCCUCACAGUCUGAAAGAUGCUAUAUAGAGCUGUCUUCUGCCCAGGUAGAUGGGUAGCUAUUGGCAUCCCCUAAUUUUUCCAUGCUGGGCAGAGUCUUGCUACUUUGAUAACACAGUCUAAUAGCUCCUUUGAAAGGUACACUCUGCAGAACGCAUUGGGGGCUCAAAAUCAUAACCAAAUAUACAGAAGCUAAUUGUAGUUUAGCUCUGCUGCCACCCAGGGCAUCAUUGUAAAGAACAGGUUACUGCACAGUGGAGAGCGCAGCACACAUAGUGGAGAACACAGGAAGGAGUGCUGUUGGCACCCCCUGCUGGCACGAAGAAGAACAGCAGGUUUUAAAAAAUAUUUAUAAUGUCUAUAUUGCAUCAUAGGUGAAUAGGUUGUUGAAAGAAUACAGCAUAUAAGCAUUAUAUUCAAA